UUCCUAGCACCAUUGCUAACCGUGGACAACAGCGAAAUGAAGUCAGUAAACAGAGUGGACGGAAACGUGUUCUGCAUCAUAAUAAUAAUAUUAUGUCACGUGUAAGAUGCCUCGUUCAAUUCGACCAACAAUGUUGUUCCGGAACGCUACAGCCAUGUGCCUCUCCUUGCCCCGAAUGUGGCUGCCACGACGGAGCGAUAUUGCAGUCAUAACCCUGGUCGGCUCGAUGAUCCGAAGGCGAUCAGAGUACGAGAAGAAAAUGAAUGGCUUACCCUUUCAAACUCUCCGCAUCCUAGCCAGGUAUUUAGCCGACUCUCACAGCACUGAUAAGAAGAAACGUUGUGCAGACUUUCCCAAAGUAACAUGGUGCAAUGGAUAGCUUCCGUCGCUGCUACAAUCACCCUCCUGGUCGUUGUCUUCGGCGCAGCGCUUGUGGCGUACGUGUGCAGGCGGAGACGUCGUGAAGACGCAGUCGGCGCACUGCGCGCUCGCCAGCUGGCGAAGAGCAGCAUUGUGGUGCUACCGUCCAUUGCAAAACUCAGCUCGGUGACUGCGCCGUUCGAUGCAGUGCCAACAGCAGACGGUCUCAACGCGAAGUUCCCCAGUCGUUCUGAGGCUCAGAAAGGAGGUCGUCUUCUUAUCGCAUCGGCGCAUUCACAGCCCGGGACUGUGGCUGAGCAGUUGCCAGUGGUGGCUCGAGGGCGUAAAGUCUCCCAGCACCGCGAUGUGUACAACAGGUCCACGCCGGAACUGCUGACGGAAAUCGAGCGCUGUUUAGAUGCGGUGGCUGAGCAGCGCGAAGAGGACGCCUCGUAUCGCCAGAAGUCGCAGCACAUUACCAAAGAGGCCAGACUGCAGCGUCUGAGCAGGAGGCUGUCUGGCGCUAGCGAACUUGAACCGCUCAGCGAAGAUGUAGACUUGGAGACCGACGACGCUCAGCUGGAUUCGGCAGGAGAUGUCGAUGACCCGAAUCUGAAGGCUGGAACCGCGGCAAAGCCAUCGGAGCACCAAUCCACUGCAUCACCCCACGGAUUUCUCUGCUACAGUGUGUGCCUAGCAGAAGGCAAGGCAAAGAAGCAGAUCUCCUCCAAGGGCAGACAUGGUGGUGGCAGCACGGAAUUACACGUGGCGGUUGUGUCCGCAGUGGCUCUCCGUGGUGUCGGCAAGGCUGCUCAGGUGUUUGUUCAGGUGGAGCUGGUAUCAGCCGAUACCAAGCUCCGCUCGCCGGCGCAGUUCGUCCAGAAGAAGUCCGCCGUUCGGCACACGAAAGCGGUGAUGCGCGGCGGCCAGGCGGUUGGCAGUGGUGGCGUCACCGGCCUGUGCACCGCCAGCGAGGAAGAAUUGCGCUCACUGGUGCUCGAGCAAUGGAGAAAGGAUGCAGAGGGCCAAGAUGUCUCAGAUUCGUCCCAGUCGAUACUCUCCUAUCAGUGGCCCUAUCAUGAAGACCUGACUCCCUUCAUCAGCAAUGCCACAAGCGAGCAGCUGGAGCACUCCCAUCUGCGCUUCACAGUCUGGGCUAGAGAGCUCGUGCCCGUUACCACAGAGAUCAUGGCCGACCGGCCAGCACGUCAGACUAUGGCUGGCGGUGGCGACAUGGCGGAAGGAAUAGUACGGCGUGGUAGUCACUCUCCACUGGUGUCCUCUCCUGUGCUAAGCAGAGCUCCAAAAGGGUCUGUGAUAAAGAUGGUUCAGAGCCGCAUGCGCCGCACCACCUUGGCACCGAAGCCUAAGUGCUGGGUGCGGCAGGUCGGCGAGGUGAUAGUGCCACUCAGCGAGUUCUCGCCGCUGUCUACGUCACACACUCGCACCGACCAGCUAGCCGCACCGCUGACCGAGGAGGAACUGCGAAGAUUGUAUGAGCGUCACCACUCCGUCACAUCCGUGUACAACCCGCAUCUGUGCAUGCCGGGAUGCAUAACCAUCAGCUUGACUUACUGGCAAUGGCCAGAGCACAGCCUGUCGGUGUGCAUCACCGACACGGUGACUCUUCCACGCUUCAUGGAUGCCGCUAUGAACAAGCCCAGAGACACAGCGCUGAAGAUCUACCUGAAUAUCAAUGGACAGCGAUAUCGCGAGUGUAGCAGCAUCAUCGCACAUCACAGCCACACUCCUAACUACGCACUACGGGAGGUGCUAAGCUUGUCUAACGUCAGUUUGGAUCGCGACACUGUGGAGCUGGUGAUAGCCGUCAAGCUCUGCCGCUCCGGCAGGAGACUGCGCAAGGCACGCUCCCGGACGUUUGCCGUGCGUUCGCUGCGGCUCGGGUCGGUCGCCUCGAGCGAGUCCUGCCGUCAACACUGGACCAGGGUAUUGUCACAGCCAGCCCAGGUCAUCACUAGCCGGCAUUCACUGGAGAUGGACACUGAGAGACUGAGUAAAGCGGCAAUGCUUUAGCCACAUUGCUACAGACAUUGCUACAGUCAUUGCUACAGUCAUGUACUGAUACAGUGUGAAAAUGCUACAAAUACCGGGAGAGAAACGUUCAUAGCUCAACUUUACUUCUACAUGCAUGCGAGGAGUCUAGGUGUAGAUAUCACUGUAUGCAUAAGUAUACUGUGAAACGAAAUUCUCUUCCUUACUCUCUUUCCACAUAUUAUUCUCUCUCUCUCUCUCUCUCUCUCUCUCUCUUUCUGUCUCUGUCUCUCUCUUUUUCUCGUUCCCUCUCGCUCUCUUUCUCUCUCUCUCUUUCUCUCUCUCUUUCUCGUUCCCUCUCGCUCUCUUUCUCUCUCUCUCUCUCUCUCUCUCUCUCUCUCUCUCUCUCUCUCUCUCUCCGCUUUACGGUUUGCAUGUCCCCACCCUUGCUAUGUAAUGGUCUCCCCUGUUGAGCGCUCUUCAUCCUCCUCUUCUUCCUUUCAGGCCUCCAAUACCCAUCCUUGGUUGCACGCAUUGAUUAGUAUGGCUGCCUGCGGACCACAUCCCAGCUUACAUGUACCAAAUUAUUGCAAUCACAA